GUGUUGGUGACAGGCUUCAAAAAACAAAGAUGGACCUGCAUAUAUUUUUCUGUCAACUCCUGCUUCUGUUGUUUGAUCCCUCUGAAGCCACAAGCCUCAUUACAGCGGACAUUUUUGAAGCCAGAGGUCAACGUGUGUGCAAGGCAGGAAAAGACAAGCCAUGUUACAAGCUGGCUUAUUUCUCUGAGCUCCGACGAAGGCUAAACUUUGUGGAGGCCGAGCUUGCCUGCAGACGGGACGGAGGGCAGCUGCUGAGCGUGGAGUCGGAGUCCGAGCAGAAGAUCAUAGAGCAGCUCAUCACAGAGCUCCGCCCAACUGAUGGAGACUUUUGGAUAGGUCUCCGGCGAAGCCAUGGAAAUGAGGAGAGCAGCUCAGACUGCUCCUCACAGUACUACUGGAUGGACGGCAGCAAGUCGACUUUCAGAAACUGGCACUGGGAUGAGCCAUCGUGUGGCUAUGAGGUGUGUGUGGUGAUGUACCACCAGCCGUCUGCUCCUCCUGGUCUAGGGGGCCUCUACAUGUUCCAAUGGAACGACGACAAUUGUGAAACUAAAAACAACUUUAUCUGCAAAUACACUGGAGAGAAGCCACAGGACCCGUCCCCUUCUCCCAAUGACACUCAAACAAAUGUCUUCCCUUCAUCAGUGCUUCCAUGGAAUCCAGGGGAUCAUAACCAGAAUAGAAGUACAGCUCUGAAUUUGGUUUACGUCAUCAUUCCCACCAUUCCUCUGAUACUGCUUUUAUUGACGGUGAUUGGAGUCUGCUGCUUCAAAGUGUGUGGCAAACGAAGGCGAAAGGAGCAGAAAUCUGAAGUGUGCCAGACAGAGCUGGGCCUUGGAGGCAGUGCACCACCAGCUGAUGUCUACAAUGUGAUUCGCUCCCAGAAGGACGAUGAUCUGGUUUCAGCUCGCCCAAACAUCAAAAACACCUCCUUUCUUUGCUCCUCCCCUGACACACCCACAGGUGACUACGACAACCUCGGGGGCCGGGACACAGAGAGCGGCUUUGUGACUCUUGCAAGCACAGAGAGCUGCUACCUCAACUUUGACCUUAAUGAUCACAGCCUGGGUCGUCGAGGAACCAGGGACUUCUAUGACACCAGCCUGGGCCGCCCUGGAAAGAAGGACCUGAACUACACCGGGCAGAGAGAGUUCUAUGACAGGAGUUUAGGUCGUCGUACAACAAAGAGUGAGCAUUAUGGCAGCAGUGUGUACGGAGACCACGGACUGUAUGAUGGCAGCAUCAGAGGAGGGAGUGACCUUUAUGACUCUAAACUGAAGCCUGGAAGUCACACAGUAAAGGCUGACCUCUAUCAGACUUUCAUCUCCAAUGGCAGAGAGGACACCUACCAAACCAGCCUCGGGACCUAUGGAAACAGAAAAUCAUACCAAGCCAAUCUGGAUUGCUACAGAAAUGGUCUAAAUCUGGAUGGUGGAAGGAGGUACUUCAAUGAGCAAGACUGGAUUAACAGCAGAGAAAACUACUGAUCCUUAGUCAUCUCCUUUAUAGUGUGUAUAGCAGUCUGUGUGCCUGUAGAUGAGAGAAUGGCAGAAAACCUUGCACGUUACUGGCUGUGUUUGUAUGUCUGUCUUGAGUCUGACGCCUCAUAGGAGAUUAAAACCAGGUGACAAUA